UUCACAUAGUGAUGGUUAUAUUAAUUUGCUUUUAUUAAUUGCAUGCUUUUGUACUUUCAACUAUCAACAUCUCAACUUAAUUUGGUAUUAACGAGAGUAACACAGCACCGCUUUCAUCAAUGUCCUUGAUUGCUGACAGGUAUAUAAGAAGUAGGUUUGUCUGGCUUUUACAUCUGCUACAAACUAGUGAACAACAAUGGAGGAAAAAAGAACAAGAAAACCCAACUGGACCGAGGAACAGUGUUUGCUUUUGGCUCAAUUGAUCAAUGAGCACAAGUGUUUUGAGGGGUAAAUUUAGCCCCAGUGUCACAGUGCAAGCCCAGAAGCAAGCCUGGGACACUAUAGCACAACAGAUAAAUGCUUCCUUUCCAUUGGUUGUGUGCACAAGUGAGGAUUGCGAGAAGCGGUGGUUUGUGUUGCAGUCAAAAGCAAAUAAGGAGAUUGCGGCACAAAAACGUGAAGCUUCACGCACAGGGGGUGGACCACCUUCUAAGCAGCUGUCCCAGGUUGCAGAAACAGUAUUUGAUAUACUGGGGCAGUCAGAAGUUGGCAUCACCGGGCUGAGGGAAAGCAUUGACUCCUCAAUGUUGCAGGCCAUUGAAAUGCAACAACGCAUGGAGCCAUCAGAGGAACCGGACCCCUCAACAUCACAGGUGUAUGACCAUCAGACAGAGUCCAGCCUGCCCGCUGCUGCCGCUCAAACACCAUCCCUGCUUGCUGCACCUGCUGCUCCAACACCAUCCCUGCAGGACAGAAGAUUAGAGUUGACGAUGGAUGUCUUAAUGCAGCAGAAAAGAGUUCUCUGCCUACAGGAGGAGUACUAUAGACUGAAAAUUCAGUUCCUAAAAAAUAAAUUGAGUGGCAAAUAG